UGCCUACGCGUACAGGCGUAUGCACUCUGCAUUGUACCAUCGACCGGGUUAUAUACAGUUUUAGUAAUCGGCAGGUUUUGGUUUCAAAAGUGAUCUUUGCUUAUUUAUAGUUUGUAUUAUUCAUAUAUUCAAUUGUUUUUAAAAGCAUUUGUCCGUGUUUUUUCGUUAUAAAUUGCAAUAAAAUGUCAGCAAUAACGAAGGUCCAGUCUCCUAACACAGUUAUGCGAAGUUCAUCCUACAUUGACCGGCUAUAUGGUGUCUUCAUCGUUGGAGCCAAGCGCACUGCAUUCGGCACUUUUGGGGGAGCAUUCAAAAAUACAAAUGCUACGCAAUUGCAGACUGUCGCCGCUAAGGCUGCGCUUGAUGCCGCCGGGUUGAAGCCGGACCAAGUUGAUACGGUUAACAUUGGUCAGGUACUGGUGCUGUCUUCAUCAGAUGGUGCAUUCUUACCUAGGCAUGUAUCGCUGCACUGUGGCAUUCCAAUUGAGAAGCCAGCGCUUGGUGUUAACCGAUUGUGCGGUUCAGGAUUUCAAUCAAUUGUGAACGGAGCUCAGGAUAUUUUGCUUGGUGCUGCCAAAGUGUCGCUAACCGGUGGAGUGGAUAACAUGAGUCAAACACCGUACACUGUCCGAGGUACUCGUUUUGGUAUACCACUUGGUACGAACCCUGCAUUAGAGGAUGCGUUAUGGAUUGGAUUGAGUGACUCAUUUUGCAAGCUUCCUAUGGCCCUUACGGCGGAAAAUUUAGCCGAGAAACACAAAAUUCCUCGCGAGAAGGUUGAUGAAUUUGCUCUUCGCUCACAGCAGCUAUGGAAGAAAGCCCAGGACGCAGGUGUGUUCAAGGCUGAGAUUACACCCACCAAGCUGAAGGUGAAGGGUAAAGAAGUAGACUUUGCCGUCGAUGAACAUCCCCGACCACAAACAACUUUGGAGGGUUUGAACAAGCUUCCUGCGUUGUUUAAAAAAGGUGGAGCCGUUACCGCUGGAACUGCUUCGGGAAUUUGUGAUGGUGCAGCUGCGGUUGUUUUAGCUUCAGAAGAGGCUGUAAAGCAGUAUAAACUUACUCCGCUGGCUCGCCUGGUAGCUUACAGUACGGUGGGAGUGCCUCCUGAAAUCAUGGGUAUUGGACCGGUACCUGCCAUCCAGAAUGUGUUGAAGAUUGCAGGACUCAAGCAAGACGACAUUGACCUGUUCGAAAUCAACGAAGCUUUCGGUGUACAGGCAAUGGCAUGCGUUCAGGAACUCGGCAUAGACAUGAAUAAAUUCAACCUCAAUGGUGGGGCCAUCGCUUUGGGCCAUCCGCUGGGAGCAACUGGUUCACGAAUCACCGGACACUUGGUGCAUGAACUUAAGCGUAAGGGGCUGAAACGAGCGGUCGGAUCGGCCUGUAUUGGGGGCGGUCAAGGAAUAGCGCUUUUAGUGGAGUCUGUUUAGUGGUUCUUUUCAAUGUAUAUUCAUAUUGUAGAAUGUAUGUUUGGCAUUUAUUAGAUUUUGAAAGCUGUUAUUUUUGCUAUCUUUUUUGUAAACAAAUAAUAAAGAAAUAAUUAACGAA